GCAUGUUUUUCGAAACUGUCUUGGGUAUUUCGGCGCUGCAGGUGGUCGCCUCACAGUCCAUCCAGGUGUCACCAUCUUACAGUGGUGGCAGCGUAGCCUUCCACCCUUACGCGGCUCAGUACGACAAAGACCUGCUUGUGGCCGAGACCUCACAGCAGGUAGUCAAGGCCGUACCUCCUCCCAACCAGGUACCUCGCUCAUCGUACCGCUCAACCGACCCCAGUCAGAUCCGGAAGAGUGGCACUGGCUUCGGCGUGCUCUCGGACGUGUAUCAGCCACUUAAUUACGACGAGGACGAAUCCAAGGUGGACGCAUCGCAGUACGACCUCUAUCCAGAUACGCCAGAGAACACAACGCCCAGACAGAACUAUGGUGCCCCCAACCUCGGCGUGCCUAAGAGCGGAAAUCGCAACCAAACAGCCAGGUUCUUCACCCUUAACACCAGCAGACAGACCCUGGACCUGGGCCUGAGCUUCACCGUGCCCUUCCUCUCCAUCCCGUGACCUCCUUGGCCUCCAUGAGCAGCGACCUCACGGCCUCCACCACACCACGGCCCUCAACUUCCUCCUGCGAUCAAACUGGCCCUCCG